AUGACUGCAGCACUAGACCCCGGCGAACAACAUACCCAAUUCGUCGACUGGGCCAAAACCAACGGCGUUGAAAUCGAUGGAAUAGCCCCAGCACGCUUCAUCGGUCGAGGAAUGGGCAUCGUAGCUGCAAAAGAUAUCAAAAAAGGAGACAAGUUAGUCCACGUCUCCAACAAAUCCCUCGUCCAUGUGGCCCUCCCUUCAAUCCAAGCCUUCAAGCUCCCCGAAAACGCCACCGUCCAUGGAAAACUCGCCGCCUCCCUCUCCCUAUGGUACAGCGGCCAGGAACCACACGGCUACCAACUCUGGCAAGACGUCUGGCCCACACAACAAGACUUCGCAUCAACCAUGCCAUUCCACUACCCCGCAUCACUCCAGUCCCUCCUACCACCAGCCUGCAAAACGCUCCUCACGAAACAACGCUCCAACCUAGAAAAAGACUGGUCAACACUCUCACCGCACCUUCCUCCCGCCAUAACAAAGUCCCUCUACACAUACACCUGGCUCAUAGUAAACACCCGAACCUUUUACUGGGAAUACCCAGACCUACCCAACGCCCACCCCAGCUUACCUAAACGACGUGCAAAACUAACAGCAGACGACUGCUACUGCAUGUGCCCGCUAAUCGACUACUUCAACCACUCCGACAACGGAUGUCAUCCCGAACACAACAGCCAGGGUUACUCUGUGACGGCCGACCGAUCGUAUUCUGCGGGCGAGGAAGUCUUUGUCACGUAUGGUUCUCACACAAGCGACUUUCUGCUCGUAGAGUACGGUUUCAUCCUUGAGGGAAAUGUUCAUGAUACGCUGCCUUUGGAUCACUUGUUGCUGCCUUUGCUGGAUAAGCAGCAGGUGGAUGCGCUGAAGGAGGAUGGCUUUCAUGGGGACUACACGUUGUUCGGUGCGGGCAAAGAGGAGAUUGUGUGCUAUAGGACGCAAGCUGUGCUUCGGUUGUUGGUGCUAGACUCGAGGAGGUAUUCGGCUUUCGUGUCGGGGGAUGAUGAUGGAGUAAGGGAUCAGGCCAAGCUGAAUAAGUACCUAGCGGAUGUAUUGACUAAAUAUUCGAGGGAAAUAGUGGAUACGUUGGAAGAGGUAGAGCAGCUGGACUUGGGCGAAGGGGGAAAUGAGGUUGCGGAAGGCCAGAGAGAGACGGUGGUGAGACGGUGGAAACAGAUACGGGGUAUCGUCAACCAGGCCAUCAACGCACUUGCUUCAUAG